AACACGGCAACCAAGCAGAGUAUCCAUCGCCCACGCCACGCCACGCAAGAACACAACACCACACACCCGAGUCGCCAAGAAGAAAGCCCCAACCUUUUUUCCUCCCGAUCCGUCGUCCUCGUCGUCGCCACAAGAGUUUCUCUCCGGAUUCGCCGCCCUCUCCUUCUCUCCAGCCAGCCGGCCAGCGAGCGAGCGAGCGAGCGAUCGAUCGGAUCCCGCCCGUCGGAGGUUCCAAGUCUCGCCUGAUCUAUCAGAGAUGGCGGCCAACGCCGGCGCCGGCGCCGGUGGCAGCAAGAUCCGCAACGCCAAGCUGGUUCUUCUGGGGGAUGUCGGCACCGGCAAGUCCAGCCUGGUGCUCCGGUUCGUCAAGGGCCAGUUCGUCGAGUUCCAGGAAUCGACCAUCGGCGCGGCCUUCUUCUCGCAGACCCUGGCGGUCAACGAUGAGACGGUCAAGUUCGAAAUCUGGGACACGGCCGGCCAGGAGAGGUACCACAGCCUGGCGCCCAUGUACUACCGCGGCGCCGCGGCCGCGAUCGUCGUCUACGACAUCACCAACGCGGCCUCUUUUACACGUGCAAAGAAAUGGGUUCAAGAACUUCAAGCACAAGGGAAUCCAAACACAGUAAUGGCUCUUGCUGGGAACAAGGCUGAUAUGUUGGAGGCAAGGCAGGUGCCAGUGGAAGAAGCGACGACUUACGCACAAGAGAAUGGGCUCUUCUUCAUUGAAACGUCUGCCAAAACAGCCAUCAAUGUGAAUGACGUAUUCUAUGAGCUCGCAAAGAGACUGCUCGCGGGGCAGCAGGCGCAGAACCCGCAGGCGGGGAUGGUGCUCUCACAGAGACCGGCCGAGAGGAUGGUGAGCAGCACAUCGUGCUGCUCAUCAUAGGAUGCUUGGCCGUGGAGAGACGGCCGCCAUGGAUGGCCUCAGAAGCCACAGGAGGAAAGAAAAAUGUAUGCGCUGUGGACGAUUGCUGCCAUCCCAGCUUGCUACACUACAGUCUAGCCCUUGUUUCUUGUCAUAUGUUGGUUCUGUAAAUGUGAAUAGUAGUGGGGUGUUGCUGCUGCAGAUGUUCAGAUAUGUUGUUGCAGUGCAUUCUGGUGCUUAAAUAUAUUUCUGGAUGACCUUUGUGCUUCAAUUAUAUAUUUUAUUUUCUAA